AUGGCCAACAAAUCUGCUGUGACAGAAUUCCUCUUGAUGGGAUUUUCUGAUGACCGUGAUGUACAACUUUUACAUUUUGUAAUGUUUCUAUUUAUUUACUUAGUUGCCUUAGCUGGGAAUUUACUCAUUGUGUUUGUUGUGAUCCUGAACCACCAUCUUCACACCCCUAUGUAUUUCUUUUUGGUCAAUUUAUCCCUGACUGAUAUUUGUUACAUUACAACCACCAUCCCCAAAUCAAUGGCUGUCUCAUUAACAGAUAACAAAAUGAUUACUAUUCCUGGAUGUGUAGCUCAGGUCUUCUUAGUUAUUGCUUGUGUAGGUUCUGAGGUUGCCUUGCUCACCAUCAUGGCUUAUGAUCGUUACGUUGCUAUCUGCCAUCCUCUGCGAUAUAGCUUUAUUUUGAACUGGGAUGCAUGUAGCCAAAUGGCAGUUGCUUCCUGGAUUACCUCCCUCAUCCAUGCUUCGUUGCAAACCACCGUAACUUUUCAGUUACAUUUCUGUGGAUUGAACAUCAUUGGACAGUUUUUUUGCGAUGUUCCUCAGUUACAAAAGAUUUCUUGUACUGAUACAAAAUUUAAUCAACUUUUCAUGUUGAUAGUUGGAUUUGUUGCAAGUUCAUUUUGUACAGGAUUUGUUUUUGCCUCUUAUGGUUACAUCUUCUCUGUUAUUCUAAAAAUUCCAUCAAUUCAAGGUAGAUAUAAAACUUUCUCAACUUGCAGUCCACACUUGACAGUCUACUCCUUAUUUAUCAUCACAUCUAUGUUUUCAUACUUGAGGCCACAAACUCUUUCCUCUCCCACAAUAGACUUACUCUCUGCUGUUUUAUAUGCAGUUUUGCCUCCAGUUCUGAAUCCCAUUAUUUAUAGCUUCCGAAACAAGGAUAUCCAAGAGGCUGUGUGGAAAAUAAUAUCAAAAAUUAAAAGAAAUUUCCAAAUCUGA